GACACCAGGCUACGGGACCUGACAUUCAACGAUCGGAAAAGCAGAGAGAAAGAGAGGUACACACGCACUGAGAGAAAAUCCCUGAUCCUGUGCAGCCGGUGACCAAAAGCGACCCAGACCCUCGGGUCCCCGGUUUUCUGCACUGACGGCUGAAAGCGCGGUCCUGUCGCUGAAAUUUCCCCGCUGGAUUUGGGCUUGUAGUCGGAUGCGGGCUGCUUAUUUUGACUGCAGUAUUAGUCCUGCUCCCCCCUCCUCCUCAGAUACAGCCGAGUAGCGGAUUUGCGAGGGAUCUCAGCGCUGUGCAGCUCCCCGAGUAACCAACGACCCCGCAAGACAUCGGAUACGCACUCUGCACCGCCGCGGCUCUCUACAACACCACUCCAUCCGCUGGAGCCUCUGAAGGUUUUAUUUCUGCGUGGAAUUGGACGCGACCGGCAAGUUUCCGACUGGAUUUUUUUUUUUUUUUUUUUUUUUUUUUUUGCGCCUGUGUGGCUACCUUGAUUGUGUCAUCGACUGCAAACCCCCUUUUUCCCCCUAAAGCACUGUUGACGCCAUUUUCCCUAGGGUUUUCUGUAAACAAAUAAAAAGAAAUAAAUAAUAUAUAUAUAAUAAAUAUAUUCUGGCACCGUUUGACAGCUCUCCAGGAGGCUGUCAUCCCCUCCGUCGCUGUGUAAAACGUGUCUAGGCUAAAUGGAUUGUAAAUGAUCUUGAUGAAAAAUUCACACGUUAGAGCCGACUGUGUGACAACAUUAGACAUGGACUGUCCCUGGCUUCACUGUGUUCCUGUGGGACAACAAACACAACCCCAGUAGCUGACUGACAACACCCAACCAGUCCACCAGAUCACUGCUCUCUGUUUUCCUAUUGGCUGGCUAACACAGCUUCCCCGAUCCUGACUGGCUCUGGCGGAAGCGUGGAUGGAGCCAAGGGAUCUGGUUGGCUCAGCCCGACCCAAGGAGGCGGACCUUCAAGGAGGUAGGGUAGGGCCAAAUGAAGAGGACCAGCUAGGAGCAGGUGGCAUUGGGUUGGUGCGCAGUGAUGAUGUGAUUAAUGGUGGCGUCAGUGAGGGGGAGGGCUUAGAGGAGCAGGGGGAGGGGCUUAUGGAGGAGCAGGAGUUUUCCAUCAAGGAAGCAAGUUUCCAGGAAGGAAGUCUAAAGUUGAAGAUACAGACCACCAAGCGCACCAAGAAGCCCCCCAAGAGUCUUGAGAACUAUAUUUGCCCACCAGAGAUCAGGAUGACCAUAAGACCGCCAGCUGGAGAGAGCAAAGGGGGACGGCAAGGGAGAACAGGAGGCGGAGCAGGAGCAGGGCGGGGCCCAAAGGACGAGGAACGAGGACCCCCUAGAAAACGGACAUAUGAGCGCCAGUUCAGGGUGCCAGAGCAGAGAGAGGGAGGCCUUCUGCAACUACUGGGAGAUCACGUUCAGCCCAAACACCAGCUCCGUAGCUCCCUUCAUCCUGCACACUCGCUCUCACACACACAGCAAACACAGCACACCCUAACACAGAAAUUUCAGCACACUCAUGCACAUCAACACCAAAUUAGUCCAGAUUGGAUUGAAUCUACAGAAACUUCUCCAUCACCAGCCCAACCUGCAGACUCUGAGCCAACCAGAGACUUGGCAGGAGCCAGCAGAGGUACAUUGCUUUGUCCAACUCAACCUUUCUCACGAACAGCAAUGCAGAGUCCUUCACCCCAGAGAUCCCUAACUCCAGACCUGCAACUGCCAGUGGUUACAGAUGCCAGUAUUCUCAACCUCACCUCCCUGAGCAGGGGAAAGGGUUUGCAAGAGGUCAGUGAGCAGCUCUUUGGGAACAUCAAGAGGAAGUACGGCAGGAAGGACUCCCAGAGGAUGCUCUGUAAUCCCCACAGUGCUGAUACACAUUGGGGAAGGCAGCCAGAGGAAGGAUCGGAGAGCCCAAGUAGUACAGAGGAGAGGCAGAAGUACAGGCAAGAGGAGAUGGCUGAGUGGUUCCAUGAGGAGAGAGAGGAAAGGAGAAAGGAGGAAAAAGAGCAAACAGUUGCUGGGAGGAGAGAAGAUGAAGAGGAGAGAGGGAUGUCUAUGCUGACAGAGGAUGGGAAAGGAAGAAAGAGACGGAGGAAGCCUUCUUUUAACGAGUCAUUUUCUGUGGAGGACCAGUCACAGCAACAGACUCUAGAUACUACAGAGAAACCCCAGAAUGGGCCCCCUGAACCCAAAGUAGCACAUAAGAUAGAGAAUCACAAAAAAGAUUCUCAUCUCACCAGUAAGGCUGAUGGCAGUGGAGAGAGGGUAGAAAAAACAGAGAGAGCAGAUAAAGGUGAAAAGAGAGAAAAAGGAGAGAGGGCUGAAAGAGGAGAGAUAGUUGUAAGUGGGCCUGACCAGGAGUCAGCUGUGAGUGCAAGCAGAGUGAAAAAGAACCCUGUGGGUCGUCCUAAGAGUGGCACAGACAUCCUUAAACUCAGAGAGCCUGUUUACAAUCAUAACAACAAACCCAGUCUUAGCACUAACUCCAGACUCCCUAGCCCCAACCCCAGCCCCAGCUCUAGAGGUAGCAUCAGUCCUAACCCCAGUCCUAAAUUUAGGGCUAACAUUAGCCCAAGUCCAAGCCCUAGACCCAGGAUGGACCUGAGUCCUAGUCCUAGCCACAGCACCAGCUCUGCAGCUAGUUCCAGACCAACCAAGGCUAAUGACAGAUGGUCCUACCUGAAAGCUAAAAGCCAUGCCAGUCUCACUUCACCACAGAGAGACAACCUGAGUACGCCCUCCACUUUAGCAGAUCCACCCUCUGCUUUCCCAAUCACCCCCUCUAGUCCACUCUACACCAACACUGAAAGCCUAACAGUCCAUGCACCCAUUAAGAGAAAACGAGGACGCCCCAAGAAACAGCCACUCCUCACAGUUGAGACUAUUCAUGAAGGCACCUCCACUUCACCUCCAAGCCCACUAGCACAGGAAAACACUGCAGGGCUAAACUGUAGGAGAAAAAUGCACUCACAAAACACAUUAGUGCAAAUGGCCUCCCCAAUGUUGAAUGGCAGUUCUAACAGUCUGAAACUAAAGCGUGGCAGGGGCUAUUACAGGCCAGUGAGUAAGGUGAAGCUUGGAAAAAUGCAAAGCAUCCUGAAUGAGAUCCUUUCAGGAUCAAAUCAGAAUGGCACUCUGGGUCUGAAGUCAUCCUCCGCUCCUGUUACAACAGCUAUGAGUGCCAUGGCAUCCACCAUUGAGGCUCGACUGGGAAAACAGAUAAAUGUAAGCAAAAGAGGAACCAUCUACAUUGGUAAGAAGAGGGGGCGGAAACCCAGAACAGAAACCCAAGGCUCCAUUCCUCCAAAAACCACUAGGGACAAGCCACCAAUAUCAAUGUCCAGUCUCUAUGAGAACCCUGCAGUGCCUUCCACCGCCUCAUCUCCAAGUUCUAGUGCUCCAUCUCUAAGAGCCAGCCACUCAGAUGCCUCCAUGCCUAGUUUGCAGCCCAUCUCAGCCCUGCCCUCUAAACCACCAGGCAGGGGCUUUCUCUCAGGGGGUUGGAAACUUUCUCCUCCUCGCCUUUUGGCCAAUUCACCCUCCCACCUGUCAGAGGGGGCAUCAGUGAAAGAGGUCACCCUGUCUCCUAUCAGCGAGUCCCACAGUGAGGAGACUAUUCCUAGUGACAGUGGGAUUGGGACAGACAACAACAGCACUUCGGAUCAAACUGAAAAGGGGCAUGCCUCUCGUCGCAGAUACUCAUUUGAUCUGUGUGGGUUUGAGUCUGCGGAGGCUGCAGUCAUUGACACAACCAACAGAGGCGGCAGAACACGCUGUGAACGGCAAGUUACUGCUGUCGAUAACUUUCUGUCACAGCAGGAGAAGAAGCAAAAGCAUCAUCGGAGGAAGAGAAAGUGCCUACAGAGCCGUGAUCAUCUUCACUUUCUCUCUGAACUAGAGGAGGUUGUGUUAAAGCUCCAGCAGCUACGAGUGUCUCACAGACGAUAUACCUGCUACCCCCAGCAUCCAUAUCCUUCCAUUUUUCGCCUCAACUUCCAUCAUUACUAUCCAGUUAGCUACGACUCCUACCCCUGUGACUCCAGCUCAUACCUCCGCAGGAGCGCUGAUCUGAAGGCCAAGAGGAGACGUGGUCGCCCAGCCAAAGCCAGCGAGCCAAUCACAUCAAAACUGCCUUUCGUUCAAGGAUAUGGUUAUCCACUGGGAGGGGGAAAUUACUAUGCAGCACCGUAUGCGAUGCCUUAUGCGCCCCCGCUGAGUCUGGGCUACUUUCCCCCCACUCCCCCAUUUUACCUACCCCACCACUCACUUGGACCUGCACCUCCAUCUCCCUUUAUGAGACCUGCUGUCCCACCUCCUAAGGCUUUCCACUCUAGUGGACACUCAAAAUUACAGGCAGCAGCCAAGAUUCGCACAGCUAGUGGUUCACUUCAGGGGCCCACUGUAAGAGGAGAGGGUCUGGGAUCCCUGAGCAGUGGCAGCGCAGGUGGUCUUGCAGGGGUCCGUCUUCAUAAGAGGAAGCACAAACACAAGCAUAAGCACAAAGACGAACCACUCCUCUCACCCCAUGAUCGGCAGGAGUUGGGUGGACUUUUCAGUGGAGCUAAGACCAGUGUGCGCCUCAGUGUGCUGAAUGAGAGGAGGGACUUGGCCAAUCAGGGUUCUUCAAAACAUCUGGACAAGCAAAGGGGCACUAGUAGAGGCUCAAACCUGGGAUUCAACCAUGGGAUUUUUGAGUCGGACCAGCUGUCUGCACACUCUCUUGCUGACAGUCAGUUUCUGUCCCGUCAGACUGCACAGCCCGUAAAGAGCUUCAUGAGCAGCUACAGCAACCAAUCACAGCGGUCAGAGUCAGCUAAGGACCUUUUUUUGGGGUCACGAGAGGAUGAGUGUGUUGGGAGGAGCAGGAGGACAAGCCUCACAAUGUUUGGAGAUCAGGGCUUAAUGUCAUUCCAAGCAGCUGGGCAGGAACCAGAGCAGAUCAACAAGUGUUCCAGUCCAUCCCUCACUGGUGUUCCCAGUAAGCGGAGGUAUAAACGACGUGAGGUGGAACAGAUCCAGAAGGACGUUAGGAGGAUGCACUCUUUGAACUUUGAUCAUGUGCAGAAGAUCCUCCGUGCCAAGCGCCUGCAGCGACAAGCCAAAACAGGAAAUAAUGUCAUCAAAAGACGGCCCGGACGGCCCCGAAAACAACCCUUAGAGGAAUCAGAGCCUAUCAACGUUAGGGAGGAAGAUUGGGCUGAUGCUCGGGGUUUGGACAUACUGGCCAGUAGAAGAGGUGAUGGUAGGACUCUGGGGAUGCCUGUCCUCGAAAGGUGUGAUAACCUGCCAGGUAGGCAGAGCAACAGAUCAAGCUUGACCCCCGAGCCUCUAGAGUUCUCCAAUCACGAUUCCAUCUCAGCAACCAUUGAGACCGUGGUUCAUCAAGCGCGGUCUGUACCUCCACCAGCUAAAGGGGGGAAACGCAGAGGCAGGGCCCACAGCAGGGACAAGUUAUGGGCUCCAACCAGUCAAUAGAUCUGCAGAGCAAUGCAACUGUAGAACUGAGCAGAGAGCAGUUAACAGAGUCACUGCUGUUUCAAGCCUAUCAGAUGCAUUUAAUUUUUGGGACUUUUUGGUGCACUUUGACUUGCUUCUCCUCUCUAAUUUUGUCAUGGGGAACUCAGUGGGUUAAUGGUGGAGCAGAAGAAGAGAACACUUUCCUCAGCUUGCUAAACCCAACCAGAUAUGGGCCUUUCAAAGAUUCAUUGGACCUUCAUUUACAAUGGCACUAUAUGGUACUAUUUGAUACUGAAUCUGAUGCUAUAAAAAGUGUGUGGUACUUAUGAUAGUGUAGGAUUUUAUGUGAUUCUUUAUGUAUCUGAUACAGUGAUGUGUAUGGUACUUUAUGAUACUGUAUCUGAAUGUGGCUUUAGCCAUAUAUUUACCAGCAAGGGGAGGGGAUAUGGUUAAUAUAAAACUGUGCAGCUGUACUUAUUUUUGCCUUUCAGAGGAAGCUUGUCAAAAUAUGUGGGAUAAUACAUCAGCAAUUAAACCACCUUACUAUUUCUGUGUUUUACUCCUGUAGUACCUUCCCAUAUUUCCCCUCUAUUAGAAGUAAAUCAUACUAUCAGGCAGCUCCUCCUCCCAGCUUGACAACCUCAACUCCUUUUCCUUUUGAUACACUUAUCUGCUCCUUCUGAUGUUUUGCAACUCCCAUUUCUUGAUAUUCCUUGAUUGACUCCCUGUGUCAUGUAUUUCUCCCUCCCUGCUCAGGCCUCUCCUGGGCAGUGACAUAAAGGCAAUAUGGUGGAUGAGACUGUCCCAGACUGUACAUAGAAAUAAAGUCCACUGUUCCCUGCCUUGUACAACAGGAAACCAGCUCAUAGAUGUGUACUGGCAUACAGUAUAUUAAAAAGAUUUGUUGUACCAUAGACAAUGAAAGUGUGUUAUAACCAAAAACAGACAUGGGUGUGACUCAAGACAAGUUUGUUUUCAGACAAAAAAAAACAAAAAAAAAAAACAAAAAAAAAACAAAAAAAAACAAACAAAAAAAACAAAA